AUCAGAGUGAAGAAACAGUUUCCUCCGACGCGAUGAGGCGGCAAAAAGCAGGAGACGUGGAGACGUUGAGAAGCAGUCGUUCAGAAGAGAGCAGCAGCCAUCAUGAUGGUCUUGUCCUUCCUGUCCUGCGUUGCCUUCUGUAUUGUCGCAACUAGCGCCACCAACCUCACACUGCUGCCUAGUAAGCCGCCACUAAUCCACCACCACCUCGCACUGCCACCUACUGAGCCGCCACUAAUCCACCACCACCUCGCACUGCCACCUAAUGAGCCGCCACUAAUCCACCACCACCUCACACUGCCACCUACUGAGCCGCCACUAAUCCACGACCACCCCUUUGUGGCCAUAUGGAACGCCCCCACUGACCAGUGUCAACAACUGGAGAUACCGCUGGACACCGCGGCAUUCCAGGCGGUGACCACACCUGUCGAGGUGCCCGGUCAAUUCCUCACCAUCUUCUACGAGGAUCGCCUGGGCCUCUACCCUAAAGUUGACAUAGACAAACACAAGCGCUACAGAGGCGGAGUCCCCCAAAAUGGCAACCUGACGGAGCAUCUGGCCAAGGCCAAGGGUCAAAUUGAUCGCUACAUCUCCCAGGAUUCCUCUCCUGGGCUGGCUGUCAUCGACUGGGAGUCCUGGCGCCCCCUGUGGAACCAGAACUGGGGAUCGAAAGGCAUUUAUAAGAAACUGUCCAUCACUCACGCCCUGCAGAUGGCCCCGUUUUUGUCAUCGAAGAGAAUUUCUGAACUGGCAAAGAGCCAGUUCCAGAACGCCGGGCGCCUCUUCAUGGAGAAGACCAUCAGCCUCGGCAAAGGCGAGCGUCCGAGCCGCCGCUGGGGCUUCUACCUGCUCCCCGACUGCUACAACUAUGGCUGGGAGAAGCCCAGCUACAUGGGGAAGUGCUCCACGAAGAUCCAGAAGCAGAACAACCAGAUGCUGUGGCUGUGGGAGCGCAGCACCGCCCUCUUCCCCUCCAUCUACCUCCACCAGACCCUGAGGAACUCCCCCCAAGCCGCGCUCUACGUCCGCAACCGUGUCCAGGAGGCGCUGAGGGUUGCCGCUCUUCCUAAACGUCCUUACACCAUGCCAGUGUACGUGUACUCCAGGCCACUGUACCGGGACCAGACCCAGAAUUUCCAGACUCAGACGGACCUGGUGAGCACCGUCGGAGAGUCUGCAGCUCUGGGAGCUUCAGGGGUCAUAAUGUGGGGAGGAACCAAAGACUACAACACCGAGGCUGCCUGUCAGUCUCUGUCCGAGUACCUGACGUCCACCUUGAACCCGUACAUCGCCAACGUGACGGCGGCCGCCAUGCUGUGCAGCGAGGUCUUGUGCCAAGGGAAGGGCCGCUGCGUCCGGAAGAGCUACGACUCCGCCCGGUACCUGCACCUGAACCCCACCCACUUCAGAAUCCUGCGGGCUCACAGGAAGUACUUGGCGAUUGGCAUCCCCUCCGCCGCCGACCUCAACGCCUGGGCGGCGAGCUUCACCUGUCAGUGCUACGGGGGGGAGAGCUGCUCCCCCAGACUGGUGUAUCCCACCAAUAUCAGGCUCAUCCGGGUUUAAUCUGCAUCUGAUUUACUUGGAUUGAAACCCAAAAGGCAGUUUAAUAAAUGAUUUCCUGGAAACUGUU